CAGGACUCAGUCCAGGUGAUCAACCUCCUUCCUGCUUGCCUUGAUUUCACAUCAACCGACACCGUGAGGGAGCCGAGGAUCUCCAAAUAACUCAGAAUGUCCUCAAGAACAUUUUCCAUUUUCCUCCUGUUUGCCGUUACUUGUCCUGGUCACUGUACUGCAACUGAAACAGUUACUGCAUCAGCUGGUGAAUGCGUAGCCCUGCCCUGUAAAAUGCCAAACGAUUUAAUCCUGAAGAAACCACUCUUCUGGUGGCGCAAUGGAAUUGGGGUAAUUUGUGAACUAACUACAGAAAAAGUUGAAAUUUAUGAGGCCUUCAAGGGACGUGCAGAGGUUUCUGAGGAAAAGCUUAAAGAUGGAGACUGCUCGCUCGUCCUGUAUAACGUCACAGAGUCUGACAGCGGGAAGUACGGAUUUUACGAGGUGGGACAGAAACAAGAACCACUACUGCACAUGGAUCUCUUUGUUAAAGCCAAGGAACCGACUCAAAGCCUCACUACAGCACGUAACCCGGAAAACCUGCUACAGCAGACCAGCAGCACCAGCUCAGCUCCUGAUGGACAACAUACCUCUGAUUGGAAAACUAUAGCAGGAUCUGUUGUUGUUGGUGUGGUGAUCGUGGCGGUUCUUGGAAUUCUCGGAAUCAUUUUUUGUCUGUGUAAACGGAAGAAAGGAAGAACAUUGACUAAAGCUAACAGAAGCAAGGAUGAUCCACAUUUAUCAGAGUCCAUACAACUGAAUAAUUCAGAAAAUCCUCAGAACUCAAGAGAUCCAGAAGUUUAGACCCUUCAUUGACGUGUGUCCAGUCUACAGGCUGUCCUGAAGACCUGGAUGAUGAAGAACGAAGGAAAAAGAAUGAAGGAAAGGUCACUAGAUAGACUGCACAUCAGAACACUCUCAUGAAGGCUUGUUCGUUUGGACAUCACUGUUACUGAAGGAAGGAAAGUGAAGGAAGAUCUUCUGAUGAAGACUGGCUCUGUUCAGGGAGCCUGACUGGACACUGUGAGAAUGAAGGACACUCAGUGAGGUGAAUGACUCUCGUCCUGCCUGUACACUGAGACUGAAGGGAGUAACAGACUGAUUUUUUAUUACAUUAAAUAAUUACAUACAGGGUUUUAUUAAAUAAGGGUUCCGUUUAUUCAUAUGUCUGUGUUUUUCUAUCUAUGAGGUAUUAUAGAUUAUGGAGCAGUAAGGUUUGUGUAUAACAGAUUGAGGUUAUACCUCAUUAAAUUAUGUACUGGGACACAGACUCUCGUUGGAGGUUCUUUGUUCUGGUUUGGAAGCCUGAGCUGGAAUGUUGAUGGAAGGUUUAUGAGAGCAGUGAGGUCAGUAGGAAAAAUGAUUUGUACAGGGAUUUAAGAAAACAGAUGAACUGGACACUAUUCCCCCUCUCUGUUUCCUCUCUGAUCAUCUUCCAUCAGUUAGUGUUGAAGACUGAGCGGCCAUCCCGGAAUGGUCAUCCAGAGAGUCACCUUAGACAUUUAUGUAGUCACUUAACUAGCUGAUUAAAAUCCUCCCAC